CGGAGAUGGCCCGUUAGGAACUCCCGGAAAGGUGCGCGGGUGCUCACGCGGCGCGCCGAGGGGUGUGUCCCGUGGGCCCCUGCGGCUCGCGGCGGGGCGGGAAAUGUCCGGCCGUCCCAGCCCCCUGCCCCGCACCCGGAGCCCAGUGGGGUCGAUGUCCCCGGCCCGCGCUGCGCCGGGAAGGCGAUGGCGCCGGCGGCGUCGAAGCUGAGGGCCGAGGCCGACGUCGGGGCAUUCCCGCGGCGGGCGCUCGCCCAGUACCUGCGCCUCCUGCGGCUCUACCCGGUGCUCACCAAGGCGACCACUAGUGGCAUUUUGUCAGCACUUGGGAACUUCCUGGCCCAGUUGAUUGAGAAGAAUCAGGAAAAAGAAGACUGCUCUCAAAAGCUAGAUGUCAGAGGGCCUCUCAGAUAUGCCAUUUACAGGUUCUUUUUCACAGGGCCGCUGGGUCACUCCUUCCACCUCUUCGGGGACUGGAUCCCUCCCGAGGCCCCCUCGGCAGGCGUCACGAGGCUGCUGCUGGGCCACCUCCUCUUCGCACCCGCCUUCCUGUCAUCGUUCUUCCUCAUCGUGAACUCCCUGGAGGGGAAGGACGCGGCCGCCUUCACUGCGAAGAUGAAGAGAGGAUUCUGGCCGGCGCUGCAGAUGAACUGGCGAGUCUGGACUCCAGUGCAGUUUAUUAACGUCAACUAAGUCCCUUUGCCAUUCCGGGUGCUCUGUGCCGACUUGGCAGCUCUGUUCUGGCACACCUACCUGGCCUCUCUGCGGAAGUGAAGAUGACCAGGAGAGGUCCUCAGACACACUGAUGACGUGGGGGGAGGGGGGAGGGGGGUGCGGGUGAGAGAGCAGGAACAACCCAGCCUGCCUCUAGAUCAUGUGAUUCAAGAUGACCCUAAAAUGACGGAUGGAGAAACAGAAAUCUCUGAAUGUCAGAAUCCGUUUUUAAAAAGGUGGUCCCUGUCCUCAGGUGGUGCUCCCCUAAGAAACUUAAAAUACAGUAGAGAUGAUUUCACCUCUCACCUUGGAUUGAAUUAGGAUCACAAUAAACUAUAACGUAGUUUUUUCA